UUAGCCCAAGAUCCCACUAAUGGUCGUAUUUGGUAUGGUAUUGCUACUACACAUGACUUCAAUAGUCAUGAUGAUAUACUGAGAAACAUCUUUGUGAGAAUAUUUUUGCUUCUCACUUUGGGCGAUUAACAACGCCACCCUAUUAGUACACAUUAAUGUGUAUUUAGGAGGGAAAAGAUUACACACUUAGUGCAAUGCAAUACACCAUGUUACUUCCUUGGUAGAAUAAUGACACUGAAUUGGUCAGUGCUCUGUAUAACUUCUGUAUUCUCCGUUUCUUUGCGGCAGCAUGCAGCGUGCUCAUCUGCAGAUGGACGACAGACAAUCAAAAACAGCUUUAGAAGAGGGAAAACUCGAAGAUGCAGUCAGUUGUAGGGCGAAGGUAUUUAAUAUCCACAAUCAUGUGCUUUAUUUCCUCUGUGUAUAUCAAAAAGUAUUUAGAUAUAACCUUAUAUUUUGUGGCUGUAGUACUUCUCUGAUUACCAGGCUCUUGCUGUAGUUUUGUAACACACAGGAAACUUUAAUCAGGUUUUUUUUAAAUCCGUUCGUGUAUUUAGCAUUUUUUGCUUAACAAAUUGUUGGUACGCUUUAUAAAGUUCACCAUAACAAGAGGAUGCCUGAUUUAGUUAUUUUUGUACAGGUAACUGGUGAAGGAGAUGACAAAUAUUUGAUUAUUACUGCUGAACAGCCACUAUGUGCUUAUCAUCUAGAUGAUUGGAUCCAUCCUUCACAGCUACCAAUAAGAUAUGGUGGAUAUUCUUCUUGGUUCCGCAAAGAAGCAGGUUCUCAUGGUCGCGAUACUCUUGGGAUUUUCCGAGUUCACCAGUUUGAGAAAGUGGAGCAGUUUUGCCUUACUAGUUUUAAGUUCAAAUAUUAUGACAUAUUCUUCACACUCUUAUAAUAAUAAUAGAUAUAUUAAGUUCGAACACUCUGUAAAUUUGUCUUAGCACCACCGGCCCAUAAUUUUUCACUGCAUCUAAAAGCUAAAAGCCAAGCAACCCUACAUGGGACUUCCAAACCAAAUGAUCCUCUACUCAGCCCUCCUCCUUAGUCAGCAACAAUGGUGUAUGAUACUUCAAAUUUGGUUGAAAUUGCCACUAGUUUUGAUUUUUGAUGAAACUGGUUUUCACUAGACAAGUCCAAUCAGUACACACACACACAUAUAUAUAUAGUCGAGACGUGUGAAAUUGAGAUUAAUUUCUAUUCAUUAAGCCAACCCUUAUAUAUAACCUUAGGUAUGUUGCUGCUAUUGCCCAUAAGCACUUCACAUUUCACACAAGAGAGCAAAAGAGAGAGAGAGAGAGAGAGAGAGAGAGAGAGAGAGAGAUAGCAAUAUGUCAAUGGAGGUGUAUAAGAGAGCAAAGCCAUACUUGGCAAUGAUUUUGUUGCAGUUUGGGUAUGCGAGUUUAGGUAUUAUAGCCAAGUUUGGUCUAAACCAAGGGAUGAGCCUUUACUCCUUCGCUGUCUACCGGAAUGUUGUCGCCGCUCUUGUCUUUGCUCCCUUUGCUCUCCUCUUUGAAAGGAAAGUAAGGCCAAGGAUGACCACUUCUGUCUUCUUGAAGAUAAUGUUACUGGGCUUGUUGGAGCCUGUGAUAGACCAGAACUUGUUCUAUACUGGAAUGAAGUACACAACAGCUACUUUUGCCACUGCCAUGUGUAACAUUGUUCCUGCCAUGUUUUUUCUAAUGGCUUGUAUACUCAGGUUUAACAUAUAUGACUCUUGGGACAUAGGAAAUGAUAACGAACUCAUAAGAGUUUUACAAGAUGCUAAAACUACCCUAUCAAAUUGUGGCUAUUGUUUCCGGUGCUUUGAAUGAUGCAGCUGCAAAGAAGUAUGAUUUGGAAGGAUGGUUUCCUGCAUCCAGCACUUACAAAGAACUUGUUUCCUGUUCAAACUGCACUGACUAUCGGUCCAGGAGAUUAGAGAUUC